AUUGACCCUAAUCGUACACUGCUUGAACAAUGUAAUGAUCUGCCUUAUGACCCUGAUUUCGAGUUUCCUGAGGACAAGCUCAUUCUUGGCGAGUUGCUAGGAUCAGGGGCCUUCGGACAAGUCAUUAAAGCAGAGGCUAUAGGAAUAAACAACUUUAGUCCCAGAGACAAAAGUCAAAAGAAAAGUCAGCGGCGACCUAAAAUGUUUCGUCAACACAGGGCCGGCCAUGCGUACCACGAUCCCAGAGGCAGGGCGUACACGAAAACCACAGUAGCUGUAAAGACUGUUAAAGGUAAUGUUUCAAGUCAAGAGAUCUGUAUUUCAACUUGUGUAACAUUUACCAUGGUGGAGGGGGACAAAAAAGGAAUUUGGUUUAUAGUUACUGUAGGAGCUGAUAAUAUGCAGGGGAGGGUACGAGUUACCAGGUUACCUGCGCGGUAAUUAUUUGGGAGACGGGGUAGGGUUGAUUUGGGAAUCUGUGCCUACCAGUGGAAAAAACUCCAGCCAUGCCCCUGGAUUCAGCAUGGGUGAGGUGGACAAUUCACAUAGGGCCUCUCUCUUACAUGAGUACCGUUCGUGCUCAUUCCUAUCGCUGAGGUUUGUGCCCAGUUAAACUGAUUGUUGCUUGUGACAUGGUCACAUGGACUCCACUAGAACCUGUGGAAACUGCACUUUUUUUAACUGACCGAGUACGAUGUUUUGGCACUUCAGGGGGAGCUACUGAAGAGGAAGUUAGAGACCUGGUAUCAGAGCUGAAAAUUCUAAUUUACGUUGGAGAACACAAAAACAUUGUAAACCUCCUUGGUGCUUGUAUCAAGCGAGAUCGUAUCCUUGUCAUUCUGGAAUAUGCACCACAUGGGAGUUUACAAAAGUUCUUACGAGGCAAGCGAGAUGUUUAUGAAGCAACCUGGACUGCGACUGCCAGUGACCCAGAGAUAGGAUUGAAUAUAUCAAGUCUUGUAAACUACUGUUACCAAAUAUCCCGUGGAAUGGAAUACCUGGCAUCUAAAAAGGUUAUGUAGUAAUGUUGUCCCGUUCAAGGAUUCCCACAUUUCUGAAGAAAAUUCAGUUCUAACAAGAGCUGUUGACCUUUUUGGCUUAUGUUUUAUUUUCCCAUUUCACACCAAGUGAUGUUCUCAAGGCAAUUUGCAUUUGGUCUUUUCAUAAGAUAUGCAUACAUAUAUGCUCGUGGAUGCACGAGCAAAGCACAACUUUGGAAAGGAACGGUUCUCUGGGGUACCAUCACGUGGUCUGAAAAAGGGAAGACAAAACAUACAGGCUAAAAAGACCUAUUCUCCAGCACUUGCUUAUUUUCUCCGUUUGGCUUCAAGGAGUUUUGUCAUGAUUUAAAUCGUUCAUUCGACCGGCUAAAUCUGCGCCUAUUUGUUUGUUUUUCGCGUUUAACAGAGUAUGACUACUUGAACCGGGGCGCUUGAAAGAUUAUUAUCCAAUCAAAUCGUUUGAACUUACCGUUUUUUUUAAAAAAACAAGAGAUUCUCUGUUAAUGUAAACGGACCAAAACAAUUCAAUGUGCAACCAUGAAACUGUUGAUAACUUAAAAACCGUUUGAGCUUACCUGACCUCUUAGGAAUUAGCCCUCCAAUUUAAUGAGAAUAUCUUUUGUUUUCAAAAACCGCCAUGAUUAUUAUGAUUUGUGUUUGGAUAAUCUAUUUCCAAACGCCCAGCUUCGAGUAUUCGCACUGUAAGAGUUUAUUAUGAGUAAUAAGUGGUAAAAAGUAAAGUAACUCAGAGAGAGGAGACCUCAGUAGCCAAAAGCUCGCGCAAAGGAUUAGAAAAAGCAACAUGUAGGCGAAAAGGUUACGGGAACUCAGAAGCGUGCGCAACAGCUGUGACAUUAAAUCAGCCAUGAACCGGGAGCGAAAGAAGCGGAGACGUAAGUGUCUGUAGCGUUGGUUCCUCACGGACAAUUCCGCGUUCGAGAGUAAGUGAAGAGCAUUGUUUAACAAUGUUUAGUCUUUAUUUACUUUUACUUUCUGUAGCGUGUGCACUUCUCUGUUGGUAUAAAAAAUUUUUUUCCUGUUUUUACCGUGGUUAUUAUUAUUAUUAUUAUUAUUAUUAUUAUUACGAAAAUAGCAAAAAUCUUUAUUAACAUAUGACCAAUUUACAUUCCACUAUCAUAGACUAAAAUUUUGUUGAAAUAAAAAUAUUAAAACUAAGAUCAUAAAACAAUAAUUUACAAGCUCACCCCAUUAUCGACUUUCUAAAAUUAGCGGACUUAUUAUUAUUAUUAUUAUUAUCUCCUUCUUGUUUCUGAUGUCUUGAUUUUGCAUUUCUUUUUUUAAACAUAUCUGUUUUAUCUAGUGUGUUCACCGAGACUUGGCGGCCAGAAACGUUCUUGUUGGAAAAGACUACGUCAUGAAGAUCGCUGACUUUGGUUGCCCUCGAAAUAUUUACAAGAGUGACUUAUAUGAGAAGACAAACAGUGGUGUUUUGCCAAUGAAGUGGAUGGCGAUAGAAUCAUUGUUUUUGAGGGAGUACUCAGAGAAAAGUGAUGUGUAAGUACAAAUGACAUUGUGCGGUUCCAGAAAAUAUCUUACCCCCACGGAAGGGAUUGGAUUUUCCGGGGGGGGGUCAAUUUGCCUAAUUUUUUAGUGGGGAGGGGGGGUCGCCAUAGGGAAAUAUUUCCAGAGGAUUCUCGUGACGCGUAAGAGAGUAACAAAGAAAAAACACAAAAAUUUACCACGACAAUUUAUUUGCGAAGAUAUAAAACACGACGAAAGUUAAAGAGCUACUAAACCUAUGGAGUAAUGGAGAUAGCGAACAUAUUUUGUCAGUCCCUUGGCGUGACCUCUCACGCGAAAACAUUCCUUUGCCGUUUUCGAACAGAUUUGGUAUUCAAAAGGAUUUGGUAUCCGUUCAAAAACAAUUGUCAUCCGUUCAAACGGCUUUGGCGAUCUGUUCGGGAAAAAUUGUCAUCAGUUCGAACGGCUUGGGCUAUGCGUUUGAAAAAAAUUGUCAUCCGUUCGAUUGGCUUGGGAUAUCCGUUUGAAAAAAUUGUUAUCCGUUCAAAAGGCUCGGGCUAUCUGUUCGAAAAAGAAUUUGUCGACCGUUCGAGCGACUGAAGCUAUCUGUUCAAAGAUAAAUUUUAGCCGAGUUUCCAUCCCAAAACCAUUUCGUCGCUAGCCACUCGCAUCAAACGAUCUGUUAUUCUCCAGGUCACGUACGUUACGAAGUUUGUUUACAAACGCAUCAUAUAUGAAUAGUUACGGAUCUCUGCUCCUUUGUAGCCAUCUUCGCUUUCAUAUUAUCAAUCGAUUAUCGACAGUAUCGACAUACGUUUUAUUCAAUACUUAAGUUUUUUUUUCAACAAGUUUCCCGAAAAUAAUAUUUUUUAUCUUUUACGCUUUUGUAGUUUAUGAGCCAGUGGAACGAAACUUCAUUUUCCUUGCAUGUCGAAAACACAAAACACGAAACAUAAUUUUUUCCAGUUGGUUGCAUUUCUUCUUCUCUUGACUGUUUCUCUAUCACAAAGAAGUUACUCAAGUCUUUUCCAGCACUUUAACCUUUGCGUGACAAUUCAUCGGCGACGCGCAAUUUUACCGCAAACUCAACUAUGCAAAUUUCGUAGAACGAAAUUCGAUACUCACACUGUCUUGUCGCGGCACGAGGUCCUGAUCUCUUUAAUUGCCGUAUUUAUUCGAAUAAGCGCCCAACCUCGAAUUAGCGCCCACCUCGAAUAAGCGCCCAUACUAAAGGCAGAAAAAGUUAAUAAGCGCCCAGCCUCGAAUAAGCGCCCACCCCCUCCUCCUCCCAAUCAAACUCAAAUAAGCGCUCACCCCCACCCCAUCCUCUUGAGUGAAUAAAUUCUAAUAAGAGACUUCCCCGAGGACGGAGUUUUCUUCAAAGCAUUUUACAGAAAUCUUGCUUUGUUCCUUCCUCGCGUUUUGUUAUUAGCAUUUCUUGUUUUGUUGCAAAAUAAACAUACUUCUCUUGCUGAAAAUGGUGAAAAAAAUUCGAAUAAGCGCCCAGCCUCGAAUAAGCGCCCACCCUCAAGGUCCAAAAAUUUAAUAAGCGCCCAGGGCGGUUAAUCGAAUAAAUACGGUAUACUUCUUCAAGUGCUGCUUUCUUCUUGACGCAGUGCGAGAAAAGUACAGUUAUGUUUUCUACGCGACCUUGCAUUUCAUUUGCAGAAUUGGAGAAUUCAAUAGAAAUCACAAGAAACGCACAAAAUCUGUCUGUGACUUGAGCGCAUAAGGAGUUCGUAUAAGGAAUUCGCUUCUCUGUUAUACAAUUCAACAGAAAAUGAACAAAACUCACAAAAUUUGGCAUCCUAGGGAACAAAACUACUUCUUUGUUCACUUCAAUUAGAGAUAGCAAAAUUUCCAGGGGUGUGCGAAAAUUUUGGAAAUUCCAGAGGGGAGGGGGGGGUCAUACGGCAAAUCCCUUCCGUGGGGGGGUAUGGGUAUUUUCUGGAACCACACAUUUAAAAAAAUGAAUGAAGGGAGAAUAUGAAAAUAUGGGGGGAUUGUACUCAAGGAUGACAACCAUAUAAUUAGUGCGUAACUAGGGAUUCAAAUUAAAAAGAAGCUGGCCUUUUGAUUACUGCAAUUAAGUUAAACUUGCCAUAACAUAGUUAAGUAGGCGCUCUCCGAUUGGUUGAGAAGUAUGUUUGCAUGCGAGUAACAGUUAAACGCAACCACGCAACCAUCUUUUGAAAAAACUCGACAAGUUUACUUUAUUAAUCCAUAACUUAGACGCAUGGAACUUGAAAAAUCUUUAAAAACAUGCUAUAUCAAAGUUUUUACGCUGAAGACGACAUUUUAAGGGGAAACAAUCCGUCCUUUAAAAUAUCACCUUUUUUUAACAAGAAGCCUUGACUGUGCUCUGUUCUGUACGUUGUAAAGCACGCACGACUGGCAGCGGCUAGAACACGAAAGAAGUGUAGGGGGGAACACGAGAUGUAGUCGAGUGUUUCUCUCCACUUCUUGAGUAGUACAACACAAUGGAGCUCAGUCAAGACUUCUUUAUUUGUUUUAUGAAUAUAAAGAAUCCUUUAAAUUCCCCCACAUUCCUUUCUAAUUUUCAAAACAAUCUUUAUUAUUUUUUUAAAGCAAAAGAGUGUCGUCAGCAUGUUUUAUACUCUAAUAAAGCACGCUUUUGCAACAAAUCGGAGCGCACGUUAUAUCUGAACUUUAUUAUAAAUCCAAAACAAAAACGUACUGAUUACACGUACAAAACUUCGUAUAGAUACAACACUUCGCGACUAGUAAGAACUGCUCUUUUCAUCAGCGCCAUAAACAAAAAGCUAGGUAGCAACUUUUUCUCGGGAAAGUUGCCGCUAUAAAAGCACCUUAGCAGAAAACUGUUUUUCUGUGGUUUGCAAUUUGUGCGAAUUCUCUUAAAUUCUCCCAACAACCGAAUCUCGUGUUUAUAUCAGGGCAUGUAAAUACAGCAGAUAACGUCUUCCAUUUUUAUAAAUAGUACUCGAAAGAAAAAGAAUACUACUGAUAACGAUUCUUGAAUGUAGCGCUUCAUAUGCAAGCCAUGUAAGUUUUGAUUCCAAUAAUUCACUUGUAGUGGAGUUAAUAGCAGCUUACCAUCUGUUUCCUCGAGCCCAUAGUUUAGCUUAAACAGCUUACAGAGCUUUAUUGACACCCUUUUGGUUUGGAAUGACCCAGGCUGUGAUGACCCUUCGAGUGUGUAUGUUUUGAACCUUGAAAUUUAAUAAUGCAGAUGGUCGUUUGGUAUUUGCUUGUGGGAGAUCUUUACACUGGGCGGCACACCGUAUCCCACUAUACCCGUAGAAGAGCUCCUAGACUUUCUCAAUGAUGGAAACCGUAUGGAAAAUCCCCGAGACUGCCCUUCGGAGAUCUACAAAAUUAUGCAAGAUUGCUGGCAGGAAGGACCCGACAAGCGACCUGAAUUUGAUCAAAUCAGCCAGUCGAUUGGUACAAUACUUGAGCAACGCGCUUCCCAGGUGAGGCCUUUUUUCUACUGUUUUUGAGGCAAAGGAGGAACUAAGAGAACUUAUCCUCUCUCUUGUCAGAACUUUUGUACACUAGGUCCUUCAAAGGAAAAAAUGAAGUUUAUCAAAAGGGGAUACUCUCCUGAGUGCAUAUAUCCUUUGUUCUGAUGGGGCGAGCGGGAAUUAAGCUUUGCAGGAAGAAUAUGAAGAGAUGACUUAUACUGUGUGCUCUUUAAAAAAUUACCAUAUUUGCAAUGACAGUGGCGGAUUCAAAUCUCUAACGAAGUGUGGGACCCGCUCAUUAGUCCCGUAGACUGCAGUUUGGCCUAUAAAUUAAAGAAGGUGGAGCCCCGGACCCCCGGGGGCCUCUUGGCCCCUCCCGUAGAUUGGCCAUGGAAUGAUGAUAACACGAUCUGCAUGCUGUUUUUUUUUUUUUUCAGACUGACGCAAUGCAGAUGCUAAAGCUAUACAGAUUAUAAAAAUUUACGAUUCUAUAAGAUCAGAGAAUUUCGACUGCCAAUUGAAAGAAAAAUUAUGAGGGAUGCGCAUCUUUUGGUGGUCAGGGGCCCAUAACCCGGAGUGAGCAAAUUCCAUGCGCUUGUGUCACGACGUUUUCACGGACCAGUUUAGUUUUAGAACGGUUUUGGCGCGAAUUUUGAAUAUCUUUUAAAUUUCACAAACUAGUCAGCCAAACCUACAGACCUAAAAAGGGUAUUUUCUGCCUUUUAAUAACGUUUAGGUUUCCGUUUUGAAAUCUUAUUCUUCGAAUGCGCUCAUAGAUAUGGUGGAGAUUUUAGUUUUCGCGGGAAGAAGUACCCCUUAAAAUGUGUCUAAAAAUAAACUGAUCUGUAAAAACGCCGUGACAUAGGCCUAGUAUGGAAGUUGCUCGCUCCGGGUUAUGGGCUCCUGGCUGGUAUGUUUAUUCUAAACUUUGAUAUUGGGCUUAUUUUUCACAACAGAGUGUCGCGACCGAGUACCUUCACUUACUAGAAGACAACAACCGUGGCAGACAAGAUUACUACCUUGAUCCACAUGAUUCAGACCCCACAGUUCCUGUGACGAGAGCAGAUGUUUAUGACAGGUUAGUACACUCGAUUAAGCAUUUGGCUUUUAUUCUUGAAAAGUUCAGCCACAAGCGAGUUGGGUUGUCCAUAUCCGGUCAUAUUCCGUACCCAUAAAGGAGCCAACAAUGCAAGUCCCAGGCUAAAGAACUUCCCAAUAUUAGUUCGACAAUAAAUACGUUAUGUUAUGUUAAUUCAAUAACUGAUAGGUACGGCCAGUUCUGCUUAUAUAAUAGCUUGGCCACUGAGGGAGCGCUUAUUCGGGGAAGAAAUAGGUUCUUCAAAGGAGUACUGAGGAGACAGUAUAUCGUUAAUGAGACACGUGCAUGGUCAUGGCAAAGAACGAAAGGGACUCAGUUACAUUGUUACGUAAGAAAUAACAUUGCUUAAUAUAACUCGUGGAUACAGAUAAUGGUCUUGCUGUGCACGGUAAAUUUAAAAUUGAGCCGAACGAGUGGCUAAUAAGAAACUGUUCCCUUACGUCAAUGCCGGCGUUUAAUCAAAGGUAAACAAGCGUUCAGAGAAUGAGAGAAGAGAGGAGGUUCCCUUAUAACAUCACUUAAUAUAUUUAAGACGGUGAGCAGCUGGAGGUGAUUGUUAUUCAAGGAGACUCUUAUUUUUCGGUUUGGCAGGCGAAUAUUUAGGGGAAGACGCUUAAUCAACGUGAACGCCUUUUAUUUUUGACAUUUAAGGCGUAAUAGCGUAUAAAUCUCAGAUUGCGAAAAUCUAACUCCGUUCACUGCGUACAAAUCAUGUUUCGAGUCCAUUGCCGUUGGCAUGAAGAUUUGAAAUAAUGAUAAUAAAAUAUAGCAUUGCGAUCUUGUCUCACAGAAUUAUCGGCUCGUCGUAAAAUGUUUUAGUGUGAUUCACGUUGCCUUCUAUAAUCGUGCGCAUGAUCUAAAAUGUGUGGUCAAUUUUAUAGGAAUCUACCAUGGUUGACAGCGUUGUUUUCUUCUUAUAGGCGAUCAAGUGAAAAUAUUGCAAACAAUCCCUUGCCUCCAUUACCAGAUGACAUGGAAGAUCAAUUCGAUCCAGAAUCAGAGGAGAGACAACAGAUGCUGAAACCAGAGAUUUACGGGGGCUUGUCGGGGAGUGAGGGCGACAUAGAACUAGAAGAAUUCCAUGGUAAUGAGCAGGCUGUAGCCUUGGAACUGAUGCCUAUUGCUCACUCUACAGAAACGGCCGGAAAUUCAAAGAAGAAAACUACAAUCGUCUGA